AUGGCAUACAAGAGGUCAUACACAUCAACUAAACCAACUCAACAAGAUAAUUCACUCGAAACAACCAUAAAUCUAGACGCAAAGAAACGAGUUACUGUGCGUAGAUUCAACAAUGUUAAUUUAGUUGAUAUUAGAGAAUUCUAUACCGAUGCCAAUGGAGAUCAGAAACCUGGUAAGAAGGGUAUUUCAUUAACUGAGGAAACGUAUUUUAAGUUGAUUGAAGCGCAUAAUAAGAUUCAACAUGCUUUGGAUGGAUUGAAUGGUGGAGGAGGAGCAGCUUCGAAAAAGGCUAAAGUCGAGAAGAGCGAGGAUAAUAAAGUGGAACCCACGAAGAAGGAGAAGGUGAAAGAGCAGAAUGAAGCAAAGAAAAAGAAGGAUAGUGAUGGCGUUAAGAAAGAGCAACUGAAGCUGGAGCAAAAUACUGCUGGUGGUGGUAGUGACGAUGAUGGGGAUAACACGGGCGAUGUAGUAAAAGAAGACGAAGAAGAAGUUAGUGAUGCAGAUGAGUAA